AUGCGCUACGCCCCCCUACUCGCCACUCUUGGCUGCGCCUUCUUCCAUGCCAGCUAUGCAUUCGAGUUUACUGGCCCUGACUCUUCGGAGAAGCUUGAUCUCACUCAGCCAGUAACAAUCACAUGGAACGCAAACAGUGGAUCAUUCAUCGAACCAGAGGCUCGCGCACUCGAUCUCUGGUUCUAUUUCAUGACCAGUGACGGUAGCGGCCGGUUGGGCUGGGAACUCGAUAAGAAUCUUUCGCUCCCGGCGGGCUCGUAUAAAUGGAAUCCUGACGGGGUCGUCGAAAGCAUCAACAAGACGGGCGCCUCAAUCUCACCAGACGCGGUGCAUGCCUUUGAGGCGAGGUUCAUGAACAAUUCUGGGAGUUGGUUAUCAGCACUCGAGAGCGACAAGUACGCCGUUGAAGGCUCUGACCUUAUCCGAAAUGGUGCUGUAAAGGGUGCACAAGUCGGCUUUCAUACAGCUGCUUUAGCUUUUACUAUCGCAAGCUUGGUACUCCUGUAA